AUGGCUGCCCCUCCUCCAGGCUUGACCAUGGGCUCAUAUCCACCUUCUCACACAUCCUCGCCGUCCCGUCAUCUCUCUCAAUACUCAACCUCCAGCAGCACCAUUGUAGGCGGCACCUCAACUCCAACCAGUACUGCGACCUCUACCCUUCGGUACCCGUCGACCCGCAAGACCAUCUACGAUCGUAACCUCAAUCGCUCUCGAAAUGCCGAACUCUCCCGCGCCAGUUUCGCAUACCUCUUCAUGGAAAUGGUCUCGUACGCUCACCGCCGAGUCAAGGGCAUUCAGGACUUUGAAAAGAGAUUGAAUGAACAAGGAUACCCUCUUGGUCUCAAGUUGCUGGACCUAUUGCUCUAUCGUGCCAGUCCCGCGGGCAGUUCCAGCUCAAGUUCAUCAACGAGCAGUUCAAGCGGAACAGGUGCCACUCGCCCACUGCGGUUACUCCCGCUGCUCACGCUGCUUACUACGAAAUUGUACCCGUUGCUGUUUUCACGACCGGCAGACUCGCUGGAACAGUCGACGACCAAUCCGGGCGAAUAUAUGAUCAUCGACAACACACCGUUGACGAAUCAGUAUAUUUCGGUGCCUAAAGAAAUGAACCAACUCAGUGUGGCGGCCUAUAUUGCAGGAAUCAUAGAGGGAAUUUGUGAUGGCGCUGGCUUCGAGUGUAAAGCCUCGGCGCAUAACACGGGGACCGAUAUGUGGCCGAACCGAACGGUUUUCUUGAUCAAGUUCGAGGACUAUGUUCUCGAGCGGGAGAAGGAGUUAGAGAGACAAGGGAUUAAGGGAUGA